AUGGGGGAAGAGCAACUGUUGAUAAUAGAAACAGAACUCCCCAAGCUACUGGGAACCGCGAAGGUGCGGACCCUUAUUGAUAGUGGUGCCCAGGGCAAUUUCGUAAGCCGGGAACUCGCUGAGAAGUUCACCGGGACUACUGGAAAAGCCCCCAGGCUAGUAAAAGCCAUUGACGGGCGAGUUGUCCGAACGUACGGGCAACGCCACACAGAUAUAAGAGUCACGGACUCCGAGGGGCUGACCCGAAUGAGCGGGCACCCCCUUUAUACAGUGGAUAUCGAUGGAUAUGACAUAAUCCUCGGUAUGCCCUGGUUAAAAAAGACAAAUCCCGACAUAGAUUGGGUCGCAGGGCGGUUUAGAUACCGGGACCGUGCGUUGGCCGAAGGGAUAGAGACUAUGUCUCCCCAUGAAGCAUAUGAAAGCCUGGUAGCCGGGUGCGCGGCAUACUGGAUAGACCCCCAAGACGCACCAGAAUUGGGCUUGCGCUUAUAUGCCGCUCGUAUCCCGCAAGGGGCUGACGGGGCGCGCAUCUGGGAAGCACCGUCGGACACAGAGAUGUCUGGAACGGAUGAGCUUCGACUGCCAGAUUAUCUAUCCGACUAUGCGGAUGUAUUCUCAGAGAGAGCUGCCGGUAUGCUGCCCGAACAUGCGGAGCAUGACCAUGCUAUAGACUUAGAACCGGGGACAGCUCCCCCUUACAAACCUAUAUACGGGCUCACGGAAACCGAACGUGAGGUCCUAAAGAACUACCUGAGUAAAGCACAGGAAAAAGGUUGGAUUAAACCAUCCAAAAGCCCAGCAGGAGCCCCUAUCCUUUUCGUACCGAAAAAAGAUGGUGAGCUCCGACUGUGCGUAGACUAUCGGGGACUUAAUGCAAUCACGGUAAAGAACCGUUACCCAAUUCCCCUGGUCCGAGAGACGUUGGACCGCUUUGCUGGCGCGAAGUAUUUUACCAAGCUGGAUCUGAAAGAUGCAUACCAUCGUAUCAGAAUCCGAACGGGGGACGAGUGGAAGACCGCUUUCCGAACCCGUUAUGGCCACUUCGAAUACCAGGUGAUGCCAUUCGGCCUUGCAAAUGCACCGGCCACAUUCCAGGCAUAUGUCAAUAAGGCAAUGUCGAACCUAUUGGACACCUGUGUGGUAGUAUAUCUAGACGAUAUAGUCAUAUAUUCAGCCGACCUGCAGGUACAUGAAGCCCAGGUGCGGGAAGUUAUGAGCCGAUUGAGAAGCCAUAGCUUAUACUGCAAGCGAAGCAAGUGUAGCUUCGGAGUGGACACCAUAGAAUAUCUUGGGUUCAUUAUAAGCCCACAAGGAAUAACGAUGGACCCGGACCGGGUUCGUACCAUCGCAGAAUGGCCCGAACCGCGGACGGUUAAGGAGGUCCAGUCGUUCUUGGGGUUUGCAAAUUUCUACCGUAAUUUCAUACAUCAGUUCUCGCGCAUGUCAGCGCCGCUAUCCGAGGUGACCAAGGGUCCUGCGGGGAGAACAAAGCGCAAUAGCCGAAAGGGCAGCGCCAUCCAAGGAUUUAAUAUAACCUCGGAAGCCAGAGAAUCCUUCUUGAGCUUGAAGCAAGCGUUCCAGUGCGAACCUGUGCUAAGACAUUAUGACCCAGCGCUCCCGAUUCGCAUAGAAACAGAUGCUUCGGGCGGAGCCCUAGGAGCGGUAAUCACUCAGCUGUUUGAGGAUUCCCAAUGGCAUCCGAUAGCCUUCUGGUCCCGGAAGCUCAAGGGACCAGAGGUGCGCUAUGAAGUGCAUGAUUCGGAACUUCUAGCGGUAGUAGAAGCUUUCAAGCACUGGCGGCAAUACCUAGAAGGUAGCCGACAUACAAUUAGGGUCCUGACAGAUCACAGUAACCUGCGGUACUUCGCUACCACUAAGGAACUCAGCAGGCGUCAGGCCCGAUGGGCAGAAUAUCUAUCGGCAUUUGAUUUUAAUAUAGAAUACCGCCCGGGUUCAAAGAACCCCGCAGAUGCGCCAAGUCGUCGUCCGGACUAUAUGGACAGUGUUGAAGAAGACACAACGACGCUCCCGACCCUGCAGGAAAAGCUGCGAAGGGGUUACUUUGGGAAACAAGAACAAAACCUAAUCUCCCCACAUAACCAAGAAUUAUCUGCGAAUGUGCUGGCGCAAGUACGGAAGGCUCAGGGGACGUCUUUUACCGUCGACGAAGAAAAUGCCCGCAGGCCCGAAGAGGGGAAUGCCCCUGCGGAUGAGAACACCACCGCUGGCGAUACAGGGGGUCUAGAACUCCUGGUGCCACGGUCCCUAGCGACCGAAGCUAUGAGGACUGAGACGGCCUAUUCAGAAAUGAAACCCGACAUGGAGAGUCUCCUUCGAACAUGCCAACAAGGGGACGCCUUUGUAUGGAAGAAGUCGAAAGAACUCCGUGCGGGACAGGCCGAGGGUUCGGUAUGGAGUAUCGGGGAGCGUGAUCUUCUCCGGUACAAGGGGGCCGCAUAUGUGCCACCCGAUAAGGCCUUGCAGUCGGAAAUCAUGAAGAAUAACCAUGACGAUGCGCAGGGAGGCCAUUUCGGAAAAGCCCGCACUGUAGCGGCUAUCCGUCGGAAAUACUAUUGGCCGGCAUUAGAAGCCGACGUAGACUACUACAUCCGAACCUGUUCUACCUGCCAACGGGUCAAGGUACACAGGCACCGGCAGUAUGGGCUACUCAAGCCGUUGCCAGUUCCAUCGGAACCGUUUGAAACGGUAACCAUGGACUUUAUAACAGGAUUGCCACCUGCGGGAUGGCAGGGAGCGACGGUUGACGCUAUACUGGUCAUCGUCGACCCAUUCUCAAAAUACACUAUCUACUUGCCGACGCAGAAAGCGUUAUCGGCCGAAGGACUAGCGAAGCUACUCCUAGAGAACCUAGUGCAGUGGAUUACCUUCCCGCAGUAUAUCGUCUCAGAUCGGGAUAAGCUGUUCACCAGCGAAUUCUGGCAAACCAUGUGCUUCUACCUGGGGAUAACCCGGAAACUGUCGACGACAGCCCAUCCACAAACGGAUGGACAGACGGAGCGCCAGAAUCAGACGGUGGAACACUUCCUCCGAUGCUACGCGAACUAUGAGCAGACGGACUGGCCACGGUGGAUCCCACUGGCGCAGAAUGUGUACAACAACAGUCGGCAUAGUGUCACAGGGCAAUCUCCAAUGGAAACCCUCAUGGGAUUCCAGGGAGACCUGAGAAUAGAUGUUCCCAAGGACGCUCCCUCAAGUCCGAAGGAUUGGGAGCCACGUGCCAUAAACCGGAUAGAAGAGCUCCGUACCAAACGGGCAAACAUUCGGGAACGCUUGGAAGAAGCUAAGGAAGCACAAGCGAAGUACUAUAACCGGGGAAAGAUUCAUCGGGAAUUCAAAAUCGGAGAACAAGUCAUGCUUCGGGCAAAGAAUAUAGCUUCGCUCCGAUAUAAUGAAAAACUAGCCGAUAGAUAUCUAGGCCCAUUCCGAAUAGUAGAUACAUGGGGGUCAAACGCAUACAAACUUGACCUUACUCCAAGAUAUAGAGGAAUCCGUCCAGUUUUCCAUGUCUCUCUACUGGAGCCGCACUACACCAACGCUGGGAACCAUACUUCUCCAGGACCGGUACUAGUAGAUGGCGAACCUGAGUAUACUAUUCAAGGAAUAGUUCGGGACCGGAAGAGAGGCAGGGGAACGGAAUAUAUGGUCCAAUGGAAAGGGUGGCCGAUUGAGGAAGCCACCUGGGAACCAGAAGAAACUGUCGGAGAAACCGAAGCCCUUGACGUCUAUCUGCAAAAGAAAGCCGAAGGGCAAACUACGUUGGAACUACGCCAGCGAACUAAAGGGAAGAGGAACGAAAGGGACUUUCCAUUGAGGGCCCGAAGGCCGCGCAUGCUGCGCAAAAAAGACAAAGAACAAAACGAACCCGAACCACCCAGGGGUAUCUAA